AUGGCUGCACAGCACUCCACAUUGCAAUCAAGAGAGACUACGAGAAAUGCGCCCUCUUGCUCCUCGACGCAGGAGCCUCGCCGAAGUGGCUUGCAAGCAGAAAUUCACCGCGCUCCACCUGGCCACGCAGAACACGAAGACGAAUGUCCUGGAAGGCCUUCUGAAGAUCAAAGGCUUGGACCUGGACCCCGAGAACCUAAACAAGGAGACACCUUCCACCUGGCUGCCAAGAGCGGCCUGAGAGAUACGUGCCUCCUGCUCCUGAGGAAGGGUGCUCGCCUGAACGCCGCCAACAAGCAGGGCCAAACGGCUCUCCAUCUCAGCGCUUACCACGGACAUCAUUCUGUCGCAAAAUUACUGAUCAAAAGAGGAAUCGACAAACGCGCGACAGACGACAAGGGUUCCGUCGCGCUCCAUGCAGCUGCGUGUAAGGGUAAUCUCGAAUGCUGCAGAGUGCUCGUGGAGGCCGACAGGGUGAGCGGGAAGGAGAAAAACAAACGGGACAGGUAUCCCUUCGAUUAUGCCUUCAAUAAUGGCCACCAAAAAGUAUUCCAGUUCCUGUUGCAGAGUCUGCCGUUCAAGGGCUUCGCUACCCUACCUCAGGGAAUACAGGAGAAGCUUCACUCACACACUCACAAGGCGUUAAAAGAACGUAACAAAUCAGCUGUUGAAACGAUCGUGGAAAGCAUGUGGUGGGAAGCGGGUUUCGGUUCCACCAAGAGGCACGAAGAGCAGCCUUGUAGUAACUUCAGGGAGCUUAUCAAACUUUACCCUUCAAUAGCCGAGAAAGUGAUGAACAAGUGCACAACCACUUGCCCAACAACGAGGUUCAAGUCCUACGAUUUCAGAAUAUUCGAGGACAACUACUUCAUCAGGCGAGAAAAGAAGAGGAGUGGCUUGGAUUUACCCCAAAGCCCUUUCUACCAAGACUCGUGGAGGGUCAUGCCCUUUGCGGAAGAAAUGGUCACCGACAACCUCCUCUGGAAGAAGGAACACCCGUAAACCUCAUGGUUGUGCACCGCUGUCCCCAGCUCCUGCAGCACCCACUGACCAAGGCCUGGCUCAGACACAAGUGGAAGUCCUAUGUGCGGUUUAUUUA